AUGCACUCCUGCGGUAGUCGGCAUAGACAUGAGCAGCCCCUGUGUCUAGUCGAGAGCAGACCGCAAGCAACCCCUGCGACCAGCCGCGAGCAGGCGCUUAAAGUGGCUAGCUGCGAGCAGGACUCUGCGGGGGCUGCGAGCAAGCCCCCACGGCCAGCCGUGAGAAGGCCCCCGCGGCCAGUCGCGAGAAAGCCCCCGCGGCCAGCCACGAGAAUGCCCCCGCGGCCAGCCGCGAGAAAGCCCCCGCGGCCAGCCACGAGAAUGCCCUCGCGGCCAGCCGCGAGAAAGCCCCCGCGGCUAGCCAUGAUUAGGCAGCGAGCAUGCGCCGCAGGCGCCUGCAGUGGCCGACCUCUAGCAGCCAACCUAUGGCGGCCGGCAUGCCGCAAACAAGCGCCUGCAGUGGCCGUCCUCCAGCAGCCGGCCUGCGGCGGCCGUCCUCCAGAAGCCGGCUUGCGGCGGUCGUCCUCCAGCACUCAGCCUAUGGCGGCCGGCAUGCCACAAACAAGCGCCUGUGGCGGCUGGGCUGCCACAGCUGGUUGCCACAGCUCGCCUGCCGCGAGAAGCCGCCAACGGCGGCUCGUCGGCCGCGAGCAGGCCGUAGUGGCCGCCGUGGGUGUGAAAAGGAAGAGACGAGAGAGGAGAGGAGCAUACUUGAGUCGCUGGUUGUGGGUCACAGUGAACGGGAGAGGGCACGAGGCUGCUGGACGCGAAGAGGAGAUCGUCGAAGCCGAAAAAUCGCCGAGAGAGGAAAAAGCACGGGUCGCGCGGAGAGGAAAGGGAGCUCCCGUGCCCUAA